AAGAUGGCGGCGGCGGGCUCCCUGGAACGGAGCUUCUUGGAGCUGAGCGGCGCAGAGCGGGAGAGGCCGAGGCACUUUCGGGAAUUCACGAUCGGCUGCGUGGGGACGGCGACUGUGGCCGCUGGAACCGCCAAGUACAAUGAGAGCGCCGGGGGUUUCUACUACAUGGAAAGCGGCAAAUUGCUGUCGGUCACCAGGAACAGGUUCAUUCAUUGGAAGACCUCUGGAGAUACAUUGGAGCUGGUGGAAGAAUCAUUGGAUAUAAACCUGCUGAAUAAUGCAGUUCGCCUGAAAUUCCAAAAUUGCAGCGUCUUGCCCGGAGGGGUUUAUGUCUCUGAGACACAGAAUCAUGUGAUCAUCUUGAUACUUACCAAUCAGACAGUGCACAGGCUGCUUUUCCCACAUCCUUCCCGGAUGUAUAGGAGUGAGUUAGUAGUUGAAAGCCAAAUGCAGUCGGUGUUCACUGACAUUGGAAAAGUUGACUUCAGGGAUCGCAGCAACCAUCAGUUGAUUCCGACGGUCCCUGGGCCAGCUCCUAAUUCUACGGCCUCUGCAGCCUGGCUCAGCAGCGAUGGAGAGGCUCUGUUUGCACUGCCUUCUGCUUCUGGGGGUCUCUUUGUUCUGAAACUGCCUCCUUACGACAUGCCGGGGGCGACGUCCAUUGUGGAACUGAAGCAGAGUUCAGUAAUGCAGCGGCUACUGAUAGGCUGGAUGCCAACAGCUAUCAGGGGUGACCAGGGCGCUUCGGAUCGAGCCCUCAGCCUUGCUGUUCAUUGUGUGGAGCAUGACGCGUUCAUCUUUGCUCUAUGUCAGGAUCAUAAGCUGCGGAUGUGGUCUUACAAGGAUCAGAUGUGUCUAAUGGUGGCAGACAUGUUGGAGUAUGUGCCUGUGAACAAAGACCUUCGACUCACUGCUGGGACCGGACAUAAACUGCGACUUGCCUACUCCCCUUCCAUGGGCCUCUACCUGGGGACGUACCUGCACGCGCCCAAACGGGGACAGUUCUGCGUCUUCCAGUUGGUGAGCACUGAGAAUAACCGUUACAGCCUGGAUCAUAUCUCCUCACUCUUCACUUCUCAGGAGACGUUGGUUGACUUUGCCUUAACUUGCACGGACAUCUGGGCUCUGUGGCAUGAUGCUGAGAACCAAACAAUUGUGAAAUACAUCAACUUUGAACAGAAUGUUGCAGGUCAGUGGAAUCCUGUGUUUAUCCAGUCUCUACCAGAGGAAGAUCUCAUCAUCAGAGAUGACCAAGACCCCAGAGAGGUGUAUCUGCGGAGUCUUUUUACACCAGGGCGUUUCAUAAAUGCUGCUUUAUGUAAAGCAUUACAGAUUUUCUGCAAAGGAACGGAAAAAAAUAUGGAUUUCUCCUGGAAUGAGCUAAAGAAAGAAGUUACUCUAGCUGUUGAGGCUGAGCUCCAUGGAAGUAUAACAGAGUACGAGCUCUCCCGGGAGGAGUUCCGAAAUCUGCAGCAGGAAUUCUGGUGCAAGUUCUAUGCCUGUUGUCUUCAGUAUCAAGAGGCCCUCUCUCACCCUCUCGCUCUGCAUCUGAAUCCCCACACGAACAUGGUGUGCCUGCUGAAAAAGGGGUACCUGUCCUUCCUUAUGCCCUCAUCGCUCGUGGAUCAUUUGUACCUGCUGCCUGAGGAGAACCUGCUGACAGAGGAUGAGUCAAGCAUAUCUGAGGAUGUGGAUGUUGCUCGAGACGUUAUCUGUCUCAUAAAAUGCCUUCGGCUGAUAGGUGAAUCGGUCAAUUUGGACAUGUCGGUUAUGAUGGAAAUGAGUUGCUACAAUCUACAGUCUCCAGAAAAGGCUGCAGAACAGAUUCUGGAAGAUUUGAUCACUAUUGAUGUGGAAAAUGUGUUGGAGGAUAUUUAUAGUAAACUACAAGAGAUUCGGAACCCGAUCCAGGCCAUCGGCGUUCUCAUACGGGAAAUGGAUUAUGAGACAGAUGUGGAAAUGGAAAAGGGAUUUGAUCCAGCUCAGCCUUUGAAUGUUCGAAUGAACCUUUCCCAGCUCUAUGGGAGCAACACAGCAAGUUACAUCAUGUGCAGAGCUGUGUUCAAAAUCGCCAGUAUUCGCUUCCUCAUCUGCCGCGACCUGUUGAUCCUGCAGCAGCUCCUGCUGAGGCUGGGCGAUUCGGUGGUUCUGGGAGCUGGUCAGCUCUUUCAGGCUCAGCAAGACCUGCUGCAUCGGACAGCCCCGCUGCUCUUAUGUUAUUACCUCAUUAAGUGGAAUAGUCAGUCCUUGGCAACUGAUGUUCCAGUUGACACACUGGAAUCAAAUCUUCAACACUUGUCAGUGCUGGAACUGACUGACUCUGGUACUUUAGUGGCAAAUAAAUUUGUGUCUAGCCCUCAGACAGUUGUGGAGUUAUUCUUCCAAGAAGUUGCAAGAAAGCACAUUAUCUCUCAUCUCUUCUCUCAGCCAAAGGCACCUCUGGGCCAAACCGGAUUGAACUGGCCUCAGAUGAUAGCUGCCAUCACCGGUUACUUACUGCAGCUUUUAUGGCCAAGCAAUCCCGGUUGUCUCUUUCUAGAAUGCCUGAUGGGAAACUGUCAGUAUAUACAGUUGCAGGAUUAUAUUCAACUGCUGCAUCCCUGGUGUCAAGUCAAUGUUGGUUCCUGUCGAUUUAUGCUGGGACGGUGUUACCUUGUUACAGGAGAAGGACAGAAGGCACUGGAAUGUUUCUGUCAGGCCGCAUCUGAAGUAGGCAAGGAAGAAUUCUUGGAUCGCUUGAUUCGCUCUGAGGAUAGGGAGACAGUGUCCACUCCCAAGCUACAGUAUUACGACAAGGUUUUACGUCUACUAGAUGUCAUUGGUUUGCCUGAGCUGGUUAUUCAGUUGGCCACAUCAGCAAUAACUGAAGCAGGUGAUGACUGGAAAAGUCAAGCCACCUUAAGGACAUGCAUUUUCAAGCAUCAUUUGGAUUUGGGUCACAACAGCCAAGCAUAUGAGGCCUUAACCCAGAUUCCUGAUGCCAGCAGGCAGUUAGAUUGUUUGCGACAGCUGGUGGUGGUUCUUUGUGAGCGCUCGCAGCUGCAGGACCUUGUGGAGUUUCCCUAUGUCAAUCUGCAUAACGAGGUCGUGGGAAUCAUUGAAUCCCGCGCGAGAGCAGUGGACCUCAUGACUCACAACUACUAUGAGCUUCUCUACGCCUUUCACAUCUACCGGCACAACUACCGCAAGGCUGGUACGGUGAUGUUCGAAUACGGAAUGCGUCUUGGCAGAGAGGUUCGAACUCUUCGGGGACUCGAGAAGCAAGGCAACUGCUACCUGGCUGCCAUUAAUUGUUUACGACUGAUUCGUCCAGAGUACGCAUGGAUUGUGCAGCCAGCGUCUGGCGCAGUGUAUGAUCGCCCGGGAACAUCUCCCAAGAGGAAUCAUGAUGGAGAAUGCACGGCCGCCCCAGCAAAUCGGCAGAUUGAAAUCCUUGAACUAAAAGACCUGGAGAAGGAGUGUUCUUUGGCUCGCAUCCGCCUGACUUUGGCUCAGCACGAUCCGUCAGCAGUUGCCAUCGCAGGAAGUUCAUCAGCAGAGGAAAUGGUGACACUCUUGGUUCAGGCUGGCCUCUUUGACACUGCCAUAUCACUGUGCCAGACUUUUAAGCUUCCCCUAACACCAGUCUUUGAGGGACUUGCUUUCAAAUGCAUCAAGUUGCAGUUUGGAGGAGAAGCCGCACAAGCUGAAGCCUGGGCUUGGCUGGCAGCCAAUCAGCUGUCCUCUGUCAUCACCACUAAAGAGUCCAGUGCUACUGAUGAAGCCUGGCAACUAUUAUCAAAUUACCUAGAAAAAUACAAAGUCCAGAAUAAUUUGUAUCACCACUGUGUAAUCAACAAGCUUUUAUCUCACGGAGUGCCUCUGCCUAAUUGGCUCAUAAAUAGUUACAAGAAAGUGGACGCCGCUGAGCUGCUUCGUCUGUAUUUAAACUAUGACCUUUUAGAAGAAGCAGUGGACUUAGUCUCAGAAUAUGUGGAUGCUGUCCUGGGCAAAGGCCAUCAGUACUUUGGAAUUGAGUUUCCACUCUCUGCAACAGCCCCGAUGGUGUGGCUGCCUUACUCCUCCAUUGACCAGCUUCUCCAGGCUCUGGGCGAGAACAGUGCCAACAGUCACAACAUGGCGCUGUCCCAGAAAAUACUUGACAAAUUGGAGGACUACCAGCAAAAGGUUGACAAGGCAACCCGGGAUUUAUUAUAUCGUCGGAACAUGUGAUCUGGAUUGCUACCUAACCUUUGUAAACAACUGCUUGGUGCCUCUUGGGACUCCGGACUCAGCCCCUGGAGCCUGCGCCUGAAGCCCUUUGUCCUGACUGUAAAUGACGUGUACAGCAUUUGAGCCUGCGUUCUGAGCACGGGCGAAGGCCAAGCCAGCAGGACCCUGUGCUGCGCUGGUGGUGCUAACCCAAGCUCCGGCUUCCAGCCCUGCUCUCAGCUGCUUUUCUAUAUGAUUCACGAGCUUUUUUAGAGUUUCUAUUUUUUUAAACUGUUGAAGACAUUCUUUAUCUGCGAAUUAAAACCUACCUUCACUUUCCUGAAAGAGCUGCUGGCUAUUGGUUUGCCAAGGCUGACUGCCAGAAGCAGUCACUAUAAAUGUCUUCAUUCUUCCCUGUCACUUUUUUGUAUUUCAAGGGGAUUAUUUUGGUUUAAAAGUAACAUGUAUUUUCUGUAUUACAAACAGAAG